AUGUGGAGAGCAGCGCUUACGGAGCUCGUAGCAACGGCGGCCCUUAUGUUCACUCUAACCAGCUCCAUCAUCUCCUGCCUGGACUCCAACGAACCCUCCCCGAAGCUGCUCGUUCCUUUGGCCGUCUUCAUCAUCGUCUUCCUCUUCCUGAUGGUCACUGUCCCUUUGUCCGGCGGCCACAUGAGCCCCGUCUUCACCUUCAUCGCGGCCCUCAAGGGCACCAUAACUUUGGCUCGCGCUUCCGUCUACGUUUCAGCGCAAUGCCUCGGAUCAAUCAUCGGCUUCCUCAUCAUCAAGAGCGUCAUGAGCAACGAAGCGGCGCAUAAAUAUUCCUUAGGCGGUUGCGUCAUCGGCAGCGACGGGCCGUCGUCGAGCAUAACGUCGGCGACGGCAUUGAUACUGGAGUUUUCUUGCACGUUCCUGGUGCUGCUUGUGGGUGUGACGGUGGCGUUCGACAGAAGAAGGUGCAAGGAAUUAGGGCUGCCGAUGGUUUGUGCGGUGGUGGCGGGGGCCAUGGCGGUGGCGGUAUUUGUGUCGAUCACCGUGACCGGAAAAGCGGACUAUGCGGGCGUGGGGCUCAAUCCGGCGAGAUGUUUGGGCCCGGCCUUGUUGCUGGGGAGCAGGCUCUGGUACGGGCAUUGGGUGUUUUGGGUUGGGCCGCUUCUGGCUUGCUCUGUUUACUACGUCUUCUCUUUGAACUUGCCGAGGGAAAUAUUUGUGGGUUAA